AUGCGAAAGUCAUCAGAAUUAAAUAUAUCAAUUGAUAAUAAUUCAAAUUCUACCACAAUUAGUCAUGAACAAUUUCAUCGUUUACGUCGUAUAGCUUUUUGGUCAUGUAUUAUAUCAUUUAUAUUUAAUAUUGCACUUGGUUUAACAGCAUACAUUAAUUGUAUGCGUACAAAAUCUUUUGUUGGUUUUUCAUUUUCUGUUCAUGCAUUCAUGGAUUCAUUAUGUGCAAGUUUUGUAUCAUGGCAUUUAACAGCAACAUCAAUUGUUGAUGUUCAUCGUCGUGAUAAACUUGCUUGUUGUGUUAUUGGUGCAUUAUUUAUUGGAUCAUUUCUUGCUAUUGAAACACGUGCUAUACAAAGUAUGAUAUUAGCACCUACAGUACGACCCGAUAUGACUGUUGUUAUAUAUUCUUUAAUACAUAUUAUUGUAUUUACAAUAUUAUCAAUAAUAAAAAUAAUUAUUAGUAAACAAAUUAAAUCAACGGCAUUAAAAUUUGAUGCAAUAAAUUCUGUUAUUGGUAUUAUUAUGGUUUUACCAUUAUUAGUUUGGGAUCGUGUUAUAUUUAUAACUAAAUUUACACAUCUCGAUGAUCUUGUACAAGUAUUAAUAGUUUUAUUUUUAUUUUUAGCUGGAGGUAAAUUAAUAUUAGAUUCAAUAACAAAAAUGAAUAUUGAAUAUGCACGUAAAGUACGUGAAGACAAAUUAAAAAAAAUGUUAACAGAAACCGGUUAUGAUGGUUUUGAAAGAAGAACUAGUAAUUAUGUUGUUGGUACCUGA